AGACUCCAUGUGGGUUGGCGGAGAAGUGGUCAUGUUGCUUUGAUCAAACACUCAAGAGGAGCGUAUUGAGGCCCGAGAAUAUGUAUCAGCCUGGGAGAGAGGGGGAGGCACUUGAUGCAGAUAUGAGGAACUCUGGCCAAGAACAUAGCCGGCUCCCAUGAGAAGACAACCGCCAAGAUCAUGUAUGGCGGGGAGAUUUUAAAAGCGGAGAUUGUCUAUAUCAAGGAGUCGGUGGAAGGAGAAGCGGGAAUCCGAGGCAAGACAAACAUUGAGCUGCAGCCUGCUUUGGACCCUGCGAGCCUCUCCCAAACCUCCGCGUCACUCGGUGUCCAGUCUGAAAAUACACCCAAACAGGGCGGCUCAGCCUCCAUGGAAACAACUGCUAGUAAACCCAGGGGCCUUUCCUGGCAGUGGGGUCACGAUUCCUCUGGACGUGUUGAGGUUAGCUCAGGUUUCUCUGGCGAUAAGCCGUCUGGGUUGGCUCACAAAACGACAAGCCCCGCAUUCUCGCCGCACAUGUUCCCCACGCCGGCUUCAUCCAGAGAGUCCGUCCUCUCGGACAGCUGGGAUAAAGACAGGAACUGGCUUUUCUCCAUCGGCUCUCCUGCCUCUUUCAGUCGCACUGUUUCCCCCUGUUCCUCAGUCCGGUCCGGCGUGUUCUCCCCCUCUGUGGUUCAAAUGCGAAAGCACAACCUUGCCCCAGGCUCUAGUCUGGUUCACCUCCCUCAGUCCUGUUUCUCCUCCUGCGACAGCCUGGUUUCUUCUGUCCGUCCACAGUCUCCUCCUCCCCGGCACCGGCCUCCUCUCACCAGACUCUCCCUUCUGACAGCCAUCCUGAGGAAAGGCCGUUUGCCCGUUCUGUCUGCUUCCCUGCAGAGGCCUUACACCCCCUGCUGGCCUGUUAACCCCGUGACCCUCACUUUCUGCAACGCAUGCUCAGCAGCCUCCAGUGUUGCCUCCAUUCCCCUGGAGUUUUCAACUCGGUUCUCCUCAUCUGCAUCCAUCGAUAGUCAGACUUGUGCUAACAGGGAACCCAGUAGGCCUCUUAACGCCCCCCCGCCUGAGCUGCCUAAUGAGCACAGCAGGCCUCACACGCCACUUAAAAGAAGCUUUGAGCAUAGAAGCGUGCCAAGAUGGGAGCAGGUUAUUUCACCGCCGCCAAUGAAAAGCACAACUCUGCAAAUAGAACCACCACCACGCUCAUGCUCAUUGCACCACUCUUAUGUGGCAAAGCCUCCCGAUUUACAGACCAGCAUUGCCCACACGUAUCUCAGGAGCAUAAAAGACCCGAACCUUGAAAAAUCAAUCCCUCCUCCAACACCUUUUCAUCACUCAGCAAACAUCCAGAGCAGACCGCCAAAUUCUUCUCUGUCAAAGCUUCGCCGUCUAUCCGAGCGACUCCGAUCCCCUCCUCCACGCCCCUCCCUGUCCGCUACGUCACAUCGUUCCCAUUCAGCCGGCUCCGCCGCAUCACCUCUGCCUCCUCUCUCUCCCUCCUCACCACAAGGUUUCCCUAAAGUGCACAAUCUGACGCCUUCCCGUUACACACCCGUCGCUUUUUCCGGAUCGCCCUCGCCCAUCAGCUCUCCCACACCGACGCCCUCUCCCGCCACACUAGUUCGAGAGCGCACGCCAUCUCCUUCCUUCUCCCUGCCCUCUACGCUUUCCCCGAGGCCGGGGAGUAGAAUAUCGGACUGCGGUGACAGAGAGGGUGAAAAAAGAAAGCCUCACAAGAUAAAGUCCAGCUACAAAUCGCUUGCUGCAAUUCCCACAAAUACUCUACUUUUGGAUCAACAGGUGAUAGACGAACAGGUGGAACGAGGGGAGGCUUUGAAAGGAGAUGUGACCAGUGAGUGGGGGGACAAAGACACCCACGCUGAGAUGUGCUCACCCGCUGAACUCCGGCAGCAGUCUGAGGAGCUGUAUGCAGCCAUUGACCAGAUAUUGGCUCAUCCCAUUCCACAAAGCAAAACAUCUUCCAAGAUAUCAACUUCGAACAUCUCAUCGAAAUCCUUGGGACGUGAAACCAAAUAUGCGUCUUUAGGCAGAUUGCUUCAAUCUGAGGCUACCACAAGAAAGCUGAUGGAGUCUAAAAAGGUAGAAGACAAUGCCUGGGAUUAUUCGCCCGAUGACGGCCAUUCCAAGACUGUCAGUGAGAGAUGGGGAACAGUAUCGACACAAUCCCUUCGGAGAGACAGCGGCCAAUCAGGGUAUUCCAGGCUUCAGCAAGUCAUGCGAGGUGGGAAGUGUGAGCCUUGAAGAUACGGGAAGAAGAAGUAGACAAAGUCUAAUGGGGCAAGAAGUGAGGAAAUCUGAGGGACGAAGACCAUUCUCUUUGGGUGAAUUACACAUCAGGGAGCCAGAUCAGUCCCUUUGAGGAAGAUGUCCCCAUUUCUCUCUUGCCAACACCAACAUCAAUCAACUCUUCACGCCCACAUAAUCUUAAGAUAUUCAUUUGCUGACAUGAAUUAAGAAAUAAGAGAAGGAAAUAACUGAGUGGUAUAAUGUCCUCAUUAGUGCGUUUUUAAGAUCCAUUUUCUAUAUGUAAUACACAGCCGUUCACAUUCAGAAUUCAGAGUCUCCUGCUACGCCAACUUGAAGGUUUUUGGAAUGUGCGAGGAAGCCGAUUCCCAUCCCAGUCGCUUCAAUCAUCACUUUCAAGUCCGAUUCCAUGGUUCUACCCAGGGAAAGAGUGUAUUGCCAGCUCCGGGUCCGGGAGGAGACCUUGCCCCAAGUGGAGGAGUUCAAGUACCUGGGAGUCUUGUUCAUGAGUGAGGAAAGAGUGGAUCGUGAGAUCGACAAGCGGAUCGGUCAGUAUUGCGGACGCUGUAUCGAUCCGUUGUGGUGAAGAAGGAGCUGAGCCGGAAGGAAAAGCUCUCAAAUUACCGGUCAAUAUACGUUCUCAUCCUCACCUGUGGUCUUGAGCUUUGGGUUAUGACCAAAAAGGACAAGAUCACGGGUACAAGCGGCCGAUAUAGGGUGAGAAACUCUGUCAUCCGGGAAGAGCUCAAAGUAAAGCCUUUGCUCCUCCACAUCGAGAGGAGCCAGAUGAGGUAAUUCGGACAUCUGGUCUGGAUGCCACCCAAACGUGUCCUGAGGGAGGUGUUUACAUCCGACCGGUAGGAGGCCACGAUGAAGACCCAGGACACAUUGGGAAGACUAUGUCUCCCGGCUGGCCUGGGAAUGCCUCGGGAUCCCCCAGGGAGAAGCUGGACAAAGUGGCUGGUGAGAGGGAAGUCUGGGCUUCUCUGCUUGGGCUGCUUCCCCCGCGAACCGAUCUCUGAUAAGUGGAAGAAGAUGGCUGGAUGAAUGGGAGGAAGCCAUAGUACCUGGAGAAACAAGCUGAUGCUCAAGCAGAUUCAAACCCUCAAGCCAAUAUGCCAACCACUCGUCCCCGCCGUACGUCCCUCUGUGCUACACAAGCAUUCGUACAUUUUUUUUUUUUCAAAGAUGUUAGAUAAAAGCUCCCUUUCUCAAGAUUUUCCCUUGGCGGCUUGGCGUGGGUUGAGUAACGAGCUGCCGAUUGACAACAAGUGUUCAGUUUGCUAUUUUCCAACACGAGUAUUAAAAUCGCUCUUUCGCUUACAGGAGUGAAAAAUUAAAUUUGAAGCUUGUUGCAGCUUUCUAUGAACCAUGUUGUGCAUGUGUUGAGAAACUUGCAUGUCACCAAAAAGAGUGAUUCUUUCCUUGUUGCCAUGGUGACGGAAGGAGUGACUGUCCUUCAGCCAUGAAAAGAAAGUUUUCCUCAGUAACGAGACUUGAAAACAAAUGCUCGGCUGCAUAAGCAGACCCAUAGCGUCCAUUUGACUGAAAUUUUAUCGACAAUUUUUUUGCCAUUGAAACUUAAUUUGGCGUUAAUGUCCCAUAAUAUCGAUUAGUUUUUAGUAAUGGGUAGAUAAAUAACUGUACUUGGAACGGCCCCUUUUCUAAUGCUUAACUCGAUAUGCCCCCUUUAUUUAUAUUUAUUUAUAUUUCCCCGCAUAGACGGUGUGGAUAAAAGCAUGUAAAACUAUUAUUUUCAUCCCUUGUAUGUUUUUGCCACCCUGGUCCACGAUUACUUUAAAACUGAUAUGGUUUUGUAACGUGUGGCUACACAAACAAUAAGUCAACAUAAUUAAAAUAAGAAUGUGUUGUUUAGAGCAAAGUCAGCUUUGGGUAAAAUCACCACGAAGAUCCUCACUUCCUAGGCCCCAAAAAUCAUGUCGUAAGUUUAAAGUCCAAAAGGCAGUGUUCUGGCCAAAAUCUAGCCUUGAUGCUGGAUUUUAAACAGUUUAAAUGUUAUUUUUAUUAAUCCUGACUAAGGUGUGUCUGUAGUAUUAACCUCAAUACUAGUGCUUUUCCACACCAAUCCACAGUAGUUUGUGUUAUUGUGUACUUAAUCACACACACACACACACACACACACACACACACACACACACACACACACACACACACACACACACACACACAUACUUGUAUAUCGUACCUUCUUGAGACCUCCUCUUUAGGACCAUUCUUUCUAGAUAUAUAAUGAUGUGUGUUUACAACAUUAAUAAUAUAUACAUACUAUGCAAAUAUAACAAAGCUUGUUGUGAAAGAUGAGUUGGAAUUUCACCAGAAAAAGGUUACAAUUUCACAAGAAAAACUAAGAAUGUUGACAGUGUUACAACAAAAGUCGUAAUUUUACUCAACACAAGUCAAAUUUUUAUAAGAUAAACUGAACAUUUGUGCAAUAUUAUUACAAAAGUCGGAAUUUUACUCCAUAACAGUCGCAAUUUUACACUGAAAAGCUUAACAUUUUGGAAAGUUUAUGAAAAUAGUCAUAAUUUUACUCAACAAAAGGUCUCAAUUUCACAAUAAAAACUUAGAAUGAUGGCAGUGUUACUACAAAAGUCGUAAUUUUACUCAACGCAAGUCAAAUUUUUACAAGAUAAACUGAACAUUUGUGCAAUAUUAUUACAAAAGUCAGAAUUUUACUUGAUAACAGUCGCAAUUUUACACUGAAAAGCUUAACAUUUUGGAAAGUUUAUGAAAAUAGUCAUAAUUUUACUCAACAAAAGGUCACAAUUUCACAAGAAAAACUUAGAAUGAUGGCAGUUUUACUACAAAAGUCGUAAUUUUACUCAAUGCAAGUCAAAUUUUUACAAGAUAAACUGAACAUUUGUGCAAUAUUACAAAAGUCAGAAUUUUACUCCAUAACAGUCGCAAUUUUACACUGAAAAGCUUAAAAUUUUGUAAAGUUUAUGAAAAUAGUCAUAAUUUUACUCAACAAAAGGUCACAAUUUCACAAUAAAAACUUAGAAUGAUGGCAGUAUUACUACAAAAGUCGUAAUUUUACUCAACGCAAGUCAAAUUUUUACAAGAUAAACUGAACAUUUGUGCAAUAUUAUUACAAAAGUCAGAAUUUUACUCCAUAACAGUCGCAAUUUUACACUGAAAAGCUUAACAUUUUGGAAAGUUUAUGAAAAUAGUCAUAAUUUUACUCAACAAAAGGUCACAAUUUCACAAGAAAAACUUAGAAUGAUGGCAGUAUUACUACAAAAGUCGUAAUUUUACUCAACGCAAGUCAAAUUUUUACAAGAUAAACUGAACAUUUGUGCAAUAUUAUUACAAAAGUCAGAAUUUUACUCUAACAGUCGCAAUUUUACACUGAAAAGCUUAACAUUUUGGAAUGUUUAUGAAAAUAGUCAUAAUUUUACUCAACAAAAGGUCACAAUUUCACAAGAAAAACUUAGAAUGAUGGCAGUAUUACUACAAAAGUCGUAAUUUUACUCAACGCAAGUCAAAUUUUUACAAGAUAAACUGAACAUUCGUGCAAUAUUAUUACAAAAGUCAGAAUUUUACUCCAUAACAGUCACAAUUUUACAUUGAAAAGCUUAAAAUUUUGGAAAGUUUAAGAAAAUAGUCAUAAUUUUACUCAACAAAAGGUCACAAUUUCACAAGAAAAACUUAGAAUGAUGGCAGUGCUACUACAAAAGUCGUAAUUUUACUCAACGCAAGUCAAAUUUUUACAAGAUAAACUGAACAUUUGUGCGAUAUCAUGACAAAAGUCAGAAUUUUACUCGAUAACAGUCGCGAUUUUACACUGAAAAGCUUAAAAUUUUGGAAAGUUUAUGAAAAUAGUCGUAAUUUUACUCAACAAAAGGUCACAAUUUCACAAGAAAAACUUAGAAUGAUGGCAGUUUUACUACAAAAGUCGUAAUUUUACUCAACGCAAGUCAAAUUUUUACAAGAUAAACUGAACAUUUGUGCAAUAUUAUUACAAAAGUCAGAAUUUUACUCGAUAACAGUCGCAAUUUUACACUGAAAAGCUUAAAAUUUUGGAAAGUUUAUGAAAAUAGUCAUAAUUUUACUCAACAAAAGGUCACAAUUUCACAAGAAAAACUUAGAAUGAUGGCAGCAUUACUACAAAAGUCGUAAUUUUACUUAAAGCAAGUGAAAUUUUUACAAGAUAAACUGAACGUGUGCAAUAUUAUGACAAAAGUCAGAAUUUUACUCUUAACAGUCGCAAUUUUACACUGAAAAGCUUAACAUUUUGGAAAGUUUAUGAAAAUAGUCAUAAUUUUACUCAACAAAAGUCAAAAUUUUAUAAGAAAACUUUAAAAUGUUGGCAAUAUUAUAAUAGUAAUCGGAAUUUUUACUUGGCAAAACUAUGACAAAAGUCAUAAUUUUACUAAAAAAUGUUCACUAUUUUACAAGAAUAACAAAAACAUUGUAAAUAUUGUGAUAAAAAUCAGAUUUUGCACUAAAAAGUUAUAAUUUUACAUAAAGUAAUACUUUUACGGGAAAAUAUCGCAAUAUUACAGAAACAGAAAGAAUAUAAGAAAUUGUUCCCAAUUUUAUAAGAAGAAAGUCGACACGUGAAAAAAAGACUCAAUUUUUUUUUUUUUGUAAUUGUUUUUUUAGCUUCAUUAUUUACUUCAAGUUAUUACAGUAUGUCUCUAUAUACAUAUAUAUAUAUAUAUAUAUAUCUAUCUAUAUAUAUAUAUAUCCAUCCAU